UGAGUCAAUGAGCAUUAAUAAUGCAUUCAGAUGUACCAAUCAAUCAUUGCCUCCCCUUGAAGAAGAAAUAGAGAACGUCACCGAAGUUGAAGAAGAAGUCCACUGCUAGAAGUUAACAGCAAAAAUAGUCGAAGUUGAAGAAGAAAUGCACUAUCAGAAGUUGACGGCAGAAACAACCCAACUUGAAGAAGCCCUCUACCGUUGAUUCGCCUUCAUGCGUGGUGGCGGAGAACAGUCAAAAGCCAUCAAAGUUGAAGUUUUUGAUUGUCGGCAAAAAUAGGGUCGCUGCCAUGGCUUCAGAAUCCGGCAAACUUCACUUUGUCUUAAUGCCCCUCAUGGCACAAGGCCACAUGAUCCCAAUGAUAGACAUGGCGAGGCUUUUUGCAGAGCAAGGAGUGAUGGUUAGCUUGGUCACAACUCCUCAUAAUGCUUCGAGGUUUGAUACAGUUAUUGCUCGAGCAUUAGAAUCGAACCUGGAAAUUCAGCUUGUACAAAUUACUUUUCCAUGCCAGGAGGUAGGCCUCCCUGUGGGUUACGAAAAUCUCGACACACUCCCUUCGCGAGAUCUGUUGGGCAAAUUUUAUAUUGCGCUUGCUAUGCUACAAGAGCCACUGGAACGGUUCCUAGAGAGCCAAAAGCUACAUCCUCCAAGUUGCAUAAUAUCAGAUAAGUGCCUUUCCUGGACGUCCGAAACCGCUCAAAAGUUCAAGAUUCCUAGGAUUGUUUUUCACGGGAUGUGUUGCUUCUCAUUAUUGAGCUCUCAUAAUGUAAUGCUACAUGAUGCUCACCGUUCUGUGUCAUCCGAUUCUGAGCCUUUUGUGAUUCCAGGGAUGACAAAAAGGAUUGAAGUAACAAGGGCGCAGCUUCCAGGGGCGUUUGUGAGUAUACAUGAUUUGGAUGAUGUUCGGAAUAAGAUGAGAGAGGCGGAGUCAUCUGCUUACGGCGUUGUGGUAAAUAGUUUCAGCGAGUUGGAGCAUGGCUGCGUUGAGGAAUACGAGAAGGCGAUUGGAAAAAAAGUCUGGAGCAUCGGUCCAGUUUCGUUAUGUAACAAAGAGAAUCUAGACAAGUUUGAGAGAGGAAACAAAGCUUCAGUUGACGAGCAACAAUGCUUUAAAUGGCUCAACUCAAAGGACGAAAGGUCAGUUAUAUACGCUUGCCUUGGCAGCCUUUGCCGCUUAGUUCCAUCUCAGCUGAUUGAACUGGGACUGGGAUUGGAAGCCUCAGGAAAACCCUUUAUUUGGGUUGUGAAAAUAGGCCCUGAGCUAGAGAAAUGGUUAUCGGAGGAACGAUUUGAAGAAAGGAUAAAAGGGAGGGGACUUCUGAUAAAGGGUUGGGCGCCUCAAGUGUUUAUUUUAUCACAUCCAGCAAUUGGGGGAUUUUUAACUCAUUGUGGUUGGAACUCAACGAUAGAGGGGAUUUGCGGUGGAGUGCCGUUGAUAACUUGGCCUUUGUUCGCUGAGCAGUUCUUUAAUGAAAAGCUGAUUGUGGAGGUGUUGGAGAUUGGAGUGAGGGUUGGUGUUGAGAUCACUGUGAGGUGGGGGGAGGAAGAGAAAGUUGGAGUAUUGGUGAAGAAAGAUGAAAUCGAAAAGGCUGUUAAUAUGGUGAUGGAUGGAGAAGAAGAAGCGGAAAAGAGAAGAGAAAGAUCAAGAAAACUUCAAGUGAUGGCGAAGACAGCAAUGGAAAAGGGUGGAUCUUCCUAUUUAAACUUGUCACUUCUAAUUCAAGACAUGAUGAAGCAAUUCACACCAUGACUGGCUUUAAUAGGUACUGGGUGAAACUGAUUAAGACAAGGUUGAGAAAAUUUUGCCUUAAUUUGAUACCUUUCAUGAUUAGAAAUUAUACUUUGGGGGUUACUGUAAUAAGUUUGUCAUUGUAUUUAUUGAUGGAAGUAAUUUCUUGUUUGUGGACACCCAUAUUUAGGUAAUUAAUCCAUAUCAAUAAAAUAAGUGAUUAUAUAAUUAAA